CAAGAGCUUCUCUUUUCAUAUUCCUUUACACACACGCACACAUAAUCUCUCUCUCUCUCUCUCAUACAUGGCUUUCCGUAAGGUUCUUAUGCUUUUGUUUUGUUUGGUUGCCAUAGUUACCAACCUUGUUAGUUCAACUAGUGCCAGGCAGCUAAAUGAUAAUAAUGCAGCAAAAGAUGAGAAGGAAGCAAAUGAAGGAGAUCAUGAAGUAGUGAAUAAUAAUCAUGUUGGUAACAAGGAGACCAAGCCACCAAUGAUGGGGCUAGGUGAUCAGAAACAAAUAGAUUUUCCACCAAUAUUUCCAUUUCCAUCAUUUU